UAGGAGUUUGGUGUUUGCUAUGUCUGGCCGCGGCAAGGGCGGGAAGGGCCUGGGCAAGGGCGGCGCCAAGCGCCACCGCAAGGUGCUGCGCGACAACAUCCAGGGCAUCACCAAGCCCGCCAUCCGGCGGCUGGCCCGGCGCGGCGGCGUCAAGCGCAUCUCCGGCCUCAUCUACGAGGAGACCCGCGGGGUGCUCAAGGUGUUCCUGGAGAACGUGAUCCGGGACGCCGUCACCUACACGGAGCACGCCAAGCGCAAGACGGUCACGGCCAUGGACGUGGUCUACGCGCUCAAGCGCCAGGGCCGCACCCUCUACGGCUUCGGGGGCUGAGCAUUCCCAUCUCCCCACCGGAACGCUGCGAUUCUCGACCAAAGGCCCUUUUCAGGGCCACCUAUCUAGUCGCCAAAGAGUUGCUCACUUUUCUGUAGGUUUCGUUUUAUCCUGAUGUCGGUGUUGCUACUGUGUUUAUAAUUUGCAAGUUACGUUGUUUCUGUUGACUUGGUAUGUUGUCACAGUCAACUGCCCCCUACAUCCUCAAAUUUGAUACUUUAUGCCCGUCGGUUUGUAGUGAGAGGUGGUAUGGGGGAGAUGGCGUGUUUGCUUCUCAACUGCGUUCCAUCCAGAACUUUUAUUCUUAAAGAUUCGGAGAAGUUUUAGUGUACUUGGGAUAGAUGUCCUUAUAAAGGUUUAUGUUUUAACGAGUGUCUGGACUUAGUGUCUCAGUCUUAGACUUAAUAAGUCACUUCCUUCCAGUCGCGGGGAGGGCCCUAUUGUCUGCAUGCAGCACAUCCUUACUGAUCUGUCCUUUCAAACCCAGGCCUUCAGGAUUCAAAUCCCUCUUCUACUCUUCAGCAGUGAGGAACUAAGCAGUCCUCAAGUGAGUUACCUCUUUCUUGUUUUUUGGUACUAUAAACAUGGCAGAGACUGCCCGAUUAGUACUUUGGUGUCAUCCUAAUGUGUUUGAUUUUGUGAAGCGUCUUGGUUCAUUGUGGUGUAGACUGACCUUUUAACAUAAAAAUUUGUUCACUUGAACAUCAUAAAGGCAUAACUGGGCAGAUGGCUUUCUACCCUUAGGCAACAUGUCCUGGCUUUGUCUGGCAGCAGAGGUAAGUGUGUCUAAGAUCUCCAAGAAAAGUCAGCAGAAGUCACUCCCAGGUCUGGGCUUUAAAACCUUUUUCCCUUUUCCCACUAAUUAAGAAGGUGAUCUUGUUUGACCUAGCAGAGACAUCAGGUCCUAGGGGACAGCAAAACGAUGACUUGAAGGAAAAAGAGCCCUGGAUUGAUCAGGAGGAGCAGAGUUGCCCCCCCAGAGCUGGAUUAAUCACAUUGGAUCUGUCCUGUGUGACUCGAAUAACUGUCCUUAAAGCUUGAAAGUCCAAACUGACUCAAUCUCACAUGACGUGGAGGUAAAUAAAAACAGUGAGAGGUUUAUUUUCAGCCCGAUUCAGGAAGAAGUCCAUGAUUUUUUCUUAAGGCCCAAUGAAUCUCUCUUCCAUCACCAGUCUUGGUAAAUAUACUAACAAGUUCUAAGAACGUAGUAGGCCGUGUCACUGAGCAAGUCAUAGAUUAAGUUUACAAGUUCCCAGUAUCCCCUUAGAGAUGAAAAAAAAAAGAAACUGGAAACCUUGUACAGAAGGAUGCUUAGUCUUGGUGUUUUCUUUGUUCAGGUCACUUGGCCUCUCUGUGUCUCUGUUUUCUCGUCUGUAAAAUGGGGAAAACAGUAGGAUCUACCUUAUGGGUUUGGGGUGAAUAAAAUCAAAGCAUUUUGUCCAGUGCGUGGCACACGGUCAUCUCUCUGUUUUCUCUUUUAUUAUUAUUACUGUUACUAUUACUGUUAUUCUUCAUGAAAUUAGAGAGGCCCAGAAAAAAAGGAAGGGGACUUUUAACCCAUGAAGACAUACUCUUAAAGGCUUGAACUGUCAUUUUCUAUCUAGGUUGUCUGUUACAAAUCACUAACCACUCUCCCCUCAUAGGUAAUGUGAGGAUAACUUAAUAUUUUUUUGUGUGUCACUGAGUGAGACAAUGGAGGGUAAGUAAUGUGACCAUAGCGUGAGUUUACAUGUAUCCCUGAGAAGCUGCAAGUAAAUUAAUGAACGUUUUGUGGAUCUAUUCAUAAAAACUCAGUUCCAGAUUAUUCAAACAAAAUAGAAAACUCUCUUGAAAGAGACGUUCUCCUACCACGCUUACAAAAUUGCUGAGCAGGCAGGACUUUCUGUUCUGUUCCUUUUCCUAGUUUCUAGGAAAACAAAUCCAAUUGAUCCAGCUGGGGAGAUGCCACCAUCCGUCAUACAUGAUGACCAGAGAGAACGGGAACAACGUAGUGGGGACACUUCGAGCUCAGGUAAGAGGGAAUACUCCUGAAGCUGUCCCCAAAAUUUGGGUUAUUCUUUAUUACUCAUAAUCAGAGUUUCCAGUGAGAUCCAUUUACCACAUGCAAAGGUCACUGUCUGUUCUCAUCUCCAAUAGCCAUCACAGCAGGCUGUCUGCGACCUCCUUCCUGAAACACUAUUUUCUUGACUUCUGUGACUCUACUCCCCUGGUUUUCUUCCUCACCAUUUGGCUGCCUUCUGUCUCUCUCUAAAGUUUGGAGUGCUUCCUUAUUUUUUCUGCAUGGGUAAAUGCCUGUUUCAAUGUGUGCCAACAAUAAAAUUUCUAUUUCCAAACUCUCCAAAAUUUCUAUGUUCAGUCCCCAAGUUGUUCUGAUUUCCAGACUUACAUGUACAACAACGCACUUGACCCUCCGAUGGAAUGCUUAAGGGGUUUUAAACAUUGUCAUGUCCCAGCCUCUGAAACCUCAUCCUGGUCUAUAAUUCUGCAUCAUACAUCCGAAUUUCAGCAGCGCUUGUAAGGUGUGGGUACGCAUACAACCUGGAGACACAUUGUCUGGCUUUGACCUCAGCUCCACACCUUGCUCAUCCCUCGUCAACUAGAGGGCAAAAAUAGUUGUGUCUAGAUACUGUGGAUGUUGAGAGGACAAAGUGAGCUAGCCUUUGGAAAGAGUUUGGCACAAUCUCUUAAACACAUGUAAAUUGCUCAAUAAAUGUCAGCUACAUGUUUCUUCACCCAUGAAACCUGGUUCAUAAAUAAAUUCUUUGGACUUUCUCCUCCCAGAGGACUUACAAAAAUUUCACCGGGGUUAUUGCAAUAACCGUUCCAUUCUUUCUUCUGCUUGUUUUUACCUUUAAUCCCACAAAUACCAUUUUCCACACAGCAGCCUGAGUGCUUUCAAAUUCUAAGAGUUUCUCAGGACACAAUAAAAACCUGGAUGCCUUCUUUGGCCCAUAAGGUCCAACAUGUUCAGGCAUCCAUUUAACCCCCAGAAAUGUCUCUUACUUAACACCUUACCUUUGCGUACAAGGCUUCCAGCUCACAGCGCUUCCAACCUCGAGCACAAACUCCUCCCUGCCCUGGAGCUUUGUUGUACCAUCAGUCCCUUGUCCUGGAAUUUGUAUCCCCAAAUGAGGGUCCUUGGUUCCCUCAUCAGGAGCAUCACCUAGUCAGCAUCAGGGCACCUCUGCUUUAGUUCAGAUAAUUUCAUAGCAGUGAGAAGUCCUAUUUGAAAUGAUGGAGUGGAGGAAUCAGUGUGUUGAUGAUCUCUCCUCUCCCACUUAGGAUCUCAGCUCCUGAGAGCAGUCUCUUGUCUGUCGUGCUUACUGCUCUAGCUUAAUGCCUCACACAGAGGAAAUCAUCAGUGUUUGACAAAAUAAAGGCAUUGCUUCAACUGUC